CCGUCGGCCCGCGGGCUGGUGCCAGCUGGCCACGCGGCAGUUCCCCGGCGGUGAGACCGCGGUGUCCUCUGAAGGUGGAGGCGAAGAAGGCCGAGGGCGCGUGCCCGACCUGCGGAAAAGCAUGCCGCGCAGGAUGCGGAGGACAUGCUCGUGCCCUGCGUGCCCUGGGGCCUCCAACGCCGGCGGUCUUCGCCGCCGUGGCGGAGAACUUGUCCACCAAGGAAGUGGGCAUGGUGAACAGGCGAGGCCUGGAGGUGAUGAAGGAAGUUUUCAAGGAGGAACCCCCAGGCUCCGCGGGGCUCUGCCGCCUGGAGUCGUGCAGAGACGAGGACGCGAUCAAACUCGUGCCGGCCUCGGAGGACAAGGCCAAGGAGACGCUCAUCUUCGACAGCUUCAUGGCGACGGGAGUCAUUGUCACCCAGAGGAUGGCCCGCCGGGGUACUCUGAGGAGGAGAUAUCAGCCUGGAUCGGCGAGCUGAAAGCGUAGCUGGAUAAACCGAGCCCGCUGUGUCAAGUCUCCGUGUG